AUGGCUGCUACGAACCUUGCGUCCGCGAUGGACAUAGAUGAAGCCGCGAUCGACGAGGGCCUCUACUCCCGCCAACUCUAUGUGCUCGGCCACGAAGCUAUGAAACGGAUGGCCGCCUCCAAUAUCCUUAUUGUCGGUGUCAAAGGUCUGGGGAUUGAGAUCGCUAAGAACGUGGUGCUGGCCGGCGUGAAGUCUGUUACGAUCUAUGAUCCAGAGCCAGUACAGAUACAAGAUCUUAGCAGUCAGUUCUUCCUCCGUGCCGAGGACGUUGGAAAGCCGCGCGCAGACGUUGCGGCUGCCCGCCUGGCCGAGUUGAAUGCGUAUGUACCAGUGCGGAAUCUUGGCGGCCAGUCCGGUAAGGAGAUUACGGUAGACAUGAUCACGGGCUUCCAGGUUGUUGUGCUGUGCGGCGCAAGCUUGCAGAAGCAGCUGGAAAUCAAUGAAUGGACGCACGCAAAUGGCGUCCACUUCAUUGCUGCCGAGACUCGCGGCCUUUUUGGCUCUGUAUUCAAUGAUUUCGGUCCCAAGUUCACCGUUGUAGACCCUACCGGCGAGCAGCCUCAUACAGGAAUGAUUGUUUCCGUGGAACGGGACAAGGACGGUCUUGUGACAUGUCUGGACGAGACACGACAUGGUCUGGAGGAUGGUGAUUUUGUCACAUUCUCCGAGGUGCAAGGCAUGGAAGAGCUGAACGGUUGCGAACCGCGCAAGAUUUCCGUGAAAGGCCCUUACACAUUCACUAUCGGUGAAACCUCAAACCUCGGCGAGUACAAGACUGGUGGUAUCUUCACGCAAGUGAAGAUGCCUAGAAUCCUCGAAUUCAAACCUCUACGUGAAUCUCUGAAGUCACCAGAACUUUUCAUUACGGAUUUCGCCAAGUUCGACCGUCCUGCCACUCUCCACGUCGGUUUCCAAGCGCUUUCUGAGUUCCAGGCCCAGCAUCAGCGUCUUCCUCGUCCGCGCAAUGCUGAGGAUGCCGCCGCGCUCAUUGCACUGGCGAAGAAGCUGGAUGCUGAUGCCGACGAGAAGGUGCUCACGGAGCUAGCUUAUCAGGCGACUGGUGACGUGACGCCGCUCGCAGCUGUCAUCGGUGGUUUCGUUGCACAGGAAGUGCUGAAGGCUUGCUCCGCGAAGUUCACACCCAUGGUGCAGCACAUGUACUUCGACUCGCUCGAGUCGCUGCCUAACACACUGCCCACGGAACAAGAGUGCCAACCGAUCGGCUCGCGCUACGAUGGCCAGAUUGCGGUCUUUGGCAAGACGUUCCAGGAGAAGAUCGCCAACCACCGGCAGUUCCUCGUCGGUUCGGGCGCCAUCGGCUGUGAGAUGCUCAAGAACUGGAGCAUGAUGGGUCUCGCGUCUGGCCCGAAGGGGGUCAUUCAUGUCACGGAUUUGGAUACGAUCGAGAAGAGCAACUUAAACCGUCAGUUCCUCUUCCGAGCGAAGGACUUGGGCAAGUUCAAGGCAGAGGUUGCCGCUGCGGCUGUCGCGGACAUGAACCCUGAUCUGCAGGGCAAGAUCCAAAGCAAGCAAGAGCCAGUUGGUCCUGACACAGAGAACGUCUACAAUACCGAUUUCUUUGCGGGCAUCGAUGGUGUAACCAACGCUUUGGACAACGUCAAGGCUCGUCAAUACAUGGAUCAGCGAUGCGUGUUCUACCUGAAGCCCCUCCUGGAAUCUGGUACUCUGGGUACCAAAGGGAACACGCAAGUUGUCGUGCCUUACUUGACUGAGUCGUACUCUUCGUCGCAAGAUCCACCAGAAAAGGAGACGCCGUCUUGCACUGUCAAGAACUUCCCGAAUGCUAUUCAGCACACGAUCGAGUGGUCGCGGACGGAGUUCGACAACAUGUUUGUUAAGCCCGCGCAGGCCAUCAACGCUUAUCUGUCGGAACCAAACUAUCUGGAGAACAAUCUGAAGUAUUCCGGCCAGUCGAAGGAGCAGGUUGAGCAGAUCGUCUCGUACUUGGUCACGAACAAGCCCUUGACGUUCGAGGAAUGCAUCAUUUGGGCUCGUCUGCAGUUCGAGGACAAGUACAACAAUGCGAUCCGUCAGCUAUUGUACAGCCUGCCAAAGGACGCAGUGACAAGCACGGGUCAGCCGUUCUGGAGUGGUCCGAAGAGGGCGCCCAACCCGUUGACCUUUGAUUCCAACGACCCGACCCAUCUGCAAUUCAUCAUCGCCGCAGCAAACCUGCACGCAUUCAACUAUGGUCUCCGAGGCGAGACUGAUCCUGUAGUCUUCAAGCGUGUCGCUGAUUCGGUCAUUGUACCCGAGUUCACGCCAAGAAGUGGCGUGAAGGUGCAGGUGAACGAGAAUGAGCCUGUCCAGCAGGGCUCUGACCCAGAUGGGAGCGAUAGUACGUCCGACUUGAUGAAGCAGCUACCGCCCCCGUCUUCACUCGUGGGCUACCGUCUCAACCCGGUCGAGUUCGAGAAAGACGACGACACGAACUUCCACAUCGAUUUCAUUACUGCUGCUUCUAAUCUCCGAGCGACGAACUACACGAUUCAGACUGCGGAUCGUCACACCACGAAGCAGAUUGCUGGGAAAAUCAUCCCGGCCAUCGCUACGACGACAUCCCUUGUCACCGGUUUGGUCUGCUUGGAGCUGUACAAGAUCAUUGAUGGCAAGGACAAGCUCGAGAAUUACAAGAACGGGUUCGUUAACCUCGCGUUGCCGUUCUUCGGAUUCUCGGAGCCUCUCCCUGCGCCGAAGAAUAAAUACAACGACACUGAAUGGACGUUGUGGGAUCGUUUCGAAUUCCACAACGACCCUUCCUUGCAAGAGAUCGUGAACUACUUCCGCGAAAAACACAACCUUGAGGUUACAAUGGUUAGCCAGGGCGUCAGCAUGCUUUGGAGUUCGUUCGUUGGCAAGAAGAAGAGCGAGGAACGUCUGCCCAUGAAAUUCAGCAGGCUGGUAGAGCACGUCAGCAAGAAGCCAAUCCCCCCUCAUACGAAGCACCUCAUUGUCGAGGUCAUGGUUUCCGACGAGGAAGGCGAAGAUGUAGAGGUACCCUUCAUCGUGGUUCGCCUAUGAACGAAACAGCACGUGUAUGUUGUGUAUUAGAGAAGUCAAACAGUGGCCAAUGUAGCUAUAAAACUUGUAUUUCGCUCCAAAAUCUUAUCAUUGCUCUCACUCGAC